UCAGUAGGGGAGGGUCACCUUCCCCCUUUUCUCUCUUAUUUAUAUUGACCAUAAUGUAACCAACUUUGACUGAUCUAUUUUCACCUUUCCCCUGCCCCUGUUCCCUAUUUUCCAUACUACUCACUUUCACAUGCACACUCUGGUUCCUCUCCUUCUAAAACACACUGUUUCUAACUGCAUGAGGCUUCUUUGCUUCUGCUUCAUGUUUCGUCUUCUUAUUCAAUAUAGGUGUAUGUAGAGUCAAGGUGUUUCAUUCAUUCAUGUUCUUUGUGAAAUAAAGCCAGAUUCACUCCUGUCUCCCUUCUCUGUCUACAUGUCAGCCUGAUCAUUUUCUCUCCAAUAGCUUACUCUAGUCAGCCUCCCCCACCCAAUCUACACCUCUUUAUCCCUCUACCUCCCUCCCUCCUUCAUCUGUAUACAUUAUUUCAUUUCCAUUCCCUUCAUCUGUAUAUUUCUGCCUAUCUGUGCUUGGUUCUUUCUCUCUGUGUGUCUCCUACUCUGCCUCUUUCUAGGGACUCUCUUUGCCUGCCAGCCUCUCUCACUCACUCCAGCCACCCCUGAGCCCAAGCCUCUCACUUCCAGGAUCUCCCUCACCAGAUUCUCUGGCUGAGAGGUCCAUCGAGAGCUAAUCCACUAAGAACUACUUUGACCAUUCCUCAAACAAGACCUUGAUCUCCUGCAAGUAGCAGAACAAGAAGUAUGGUUGUGGGGCUGGGCAUCUCCUUGGGAUAGAUGCCUCAAAGUUAUUCUGAGCCAGCACAUGAGAUCGGACCUGAAGAAAGCACACCUGCCUGUUUCUUACCAAGCCAGAGAUGAUCUUCUACAGUGAAGCAUCAUGGAAAGAAAGUAACCAAAGCUACCAAGGAUUCAUUCUACUGGGAGUGGCAGACCGCCCUCAUUUGGAGAUGAUACUUUUUGCAAUCAUCUUGAUCUGCUAUACAGUGACCCUCGUGGGGAACACAACUAUCAUUGUGGUGUCAUGGCUAGACCCCCAUCUCCACACCCCCAUGUAUUUCUUCCUCAGCAACCUCUCCUUCCUUGACCUCUGCUUCACUACCAGUGUUGGCCCUCAGAUGCUGGUGAACUUCUGGAGAAAAAGCAAGUCUAUCACAUAUGCUGCCUGUGUGGCUCAGCUGUACAUCUCCCUAGCUCUGGGCUGUACAGAGUGUAUUCUGUUGGCUGUCAUGGCCUAUGAUCGCUAUGCUGCAGUCUGCCAGCCCCUGCACUACACUAUCAUUAUGAGCCACUCCUUAUGUUUCAAAAUGGCGGCCAUCUCCUGGGUGAGUGGCUUCAGCAACUCGCUGGUACAAACAGUGCUGACUCUUCAACUUCCACUAUGUGGCCAGAACCGGGUGGACCACUUUUUCUGUGAGGUGCCAGCUUUUCUCAAAUUGGCUUGUGUUGACACUUCACUCAAUGAGGCUGUGGAAUUCUCUGCCAGUGUGGUGUUUCUUCUAGUGCCACUGGGCCUCAUCAUAGUCUCUUAUGGCUACAUUGUGGCUGCUGUGUUGAGGAUCCGCUCAGCUGAGGGCAGGCGGAAGGCCUUCAACACCUGUGCCUCUCACCUGACUGUGGUAUCACUCUUCUAUGGGACAAUCAUUUUCAGUUAUCUCCAGCCCUCGUCCAACUACUCCCGUGACCGAGGCAAGAUGAUCUCCCUUUUCUACACGUAUGUCACCACCAUGCUUAAUCCCCUCAUUUAUACACUGAGGAACAAAGAGGUGCAUAGAGCUGUAAGAAGGUUGAUGAACAGGCACUCAACAACUUAGCCCAAUGGUCUCCCAAUUUAUUAACAGAAUAAGCAAAAUCUUAUUAUAUUACUUUUACUUAUUACUUGCUUUUAUCAUAUCUAUAGCAUUUUCCAGUGAUCAGUGUGUCUUUACAGAG